GGAACUCCUUUCCAUCUGUCUCUCUUCCUCUCUUCUUUGUCUUCAUCCUCACUUCUUCAGUCCUCUUGUCAGACACAUUCAUUCGUAUACAUCUUUGUGGACACUUUAUAGUCAUUUAAUCAACCAUGUUGACCACUUCAUUUCUGCAAUUGCAUACAGCAAUGUAUGAAUGGAAUAAAGAAUGCCCACAGGAUCUCAAGAGGGACCUUGACGUGUUCUUUGGUUCGAAAGAGUUCCUCGAUAGACCCGAUGUCUUUUACAAAGGCAUGGAGGAUUCCUCUCAAAAAUGGGUUGCUUUGAUUUCAAUGACUGGCUUAGAAGAGACAAGGGCGAUGUUAUCAAGGGUAUUGGAGUACGACUUUACACAACUGCAUGAGGCACGGAAUGGAACAUUUUCAAAAAUCUCUGCUGCGCCUCGAAUGCCAUUGGCGGCGGCGUAUAAUAAAUUCCUCAAGGAUCUUGUCAGGGACAACAAAGCGCUCAAGAGACAACACAAGAUCACGGGCUGGACUCGAGAAUUGGAUCGAGCUACAGAGAUGAUUAUGUUGGGGCCCAAAAAUGAUGCGACAACAACAACAACAACAACAGCAACAAGUCAAAGAGAGGAUCCUACAAAAGUCAAGCCUCGACUUUUGACCCCAUUAGAAUAUGCAGCAGCACAACAUGGCAUGUGGUUUAUCUCGGUGGAUAUUGAAUCAUUUGAGUUUGAUCACUCCAAGAUCCUAGAGAUUGGAUGGUCGAUUCAUGACUCGAGGCUCAACAAAAUGUUCGAUAAACAUUAUGCGAUUUCAGAAUACCGUCAUCUCAAGAAUGGGAAAUAUGUAGCGGAUCGACGAGAUCGCUUCAUAUUUGGACAGACCAUCUGGGCAAGUUUACAGGAUGCGAUCGCAGUCUUCCAAGAGGAUUUGACAAAGGCCACCAAGAGGAAUCCUGAGGGAGUCUUUGCGUUGAUUGCUCAUGACAUGUCGAGCGAUGAGGGUUAUUUGCGGAAGAUGGGCGUUAUCUUCCCAGAGAAGAUGGUGAAAUUUGAUACAUUGCAUUUGAAUGGUGCUAGAGCCAAAGAUGCAACCAUGACUGGAUUAGGCAGAUUAUUGGAUGAAUUGGACAUUGAAAACUAUUCUCUCCAUAAUGCAGGAAAUGAUGCCCAUUAUACAAUGGAAUUGUUCCUUUGGCUUGUCCGAAAUCAUGAGGCACAAAAGGUUGCUGCGGCCCAAGAGAAUUUGCCAAAUUAAAUGAUUAAAAAAAAAGCAGCGAAGGACAUUGUAC